AUGUUUCACAGCCGUGAUUUUGGAAUCGCAACCCCCUGCCUCCUUAGCAUCAUAUUCGGGAUUAAAGGGUUCCAGCGGAUGCAUGGAAAUACCAACUGUGAUAGAUAUGCCUAUCUCGGCUCUUCUCAACCGAUAAUCUCGCCGGCACACACGUCCGCUUGUCGAGACUGGAUCAUGGAUCCUGCUGAAGGACGAUCGGAAGGUCCACAGCCUCCGAUGGCACGGAGCACAUCCCCCCGAUCCAGGGGAACCCAGCGGGAUUUUUGCAUGGAUGUGGAUAUGUGUAUCCCUGCAGCGUCAGCGAAAGAUAAAGAUAUGACUCUGUUCCAUCACAGUUCCAUCACAGUUCCAUCACAAUCACAUUCACGAACGCCUUUUCCUUUCUGGGUAUUUGUUUCUUUGGUAGCUGGGGGAAAGUAUUAUCUCUCUGGAAGACAUUGA